AUGACCUUAAAUCAUGUUUCUCAUGAGAACGCCAAAAUUGGUAUGCGGGUUCAGGAUUACUGGGGCCGAACUGGAACAAUCCGCUGGAUUGGUGAGUUCAGUAAAAAAAGCCACUCUCCGAUCAACCAAGCGGGUUGGCAUUAUGGCAUCGAGUACGACGAGGUGAGCAAAAACCCUUUGCGUAGUGAUGGUACGUGGAAUGGGAAGCAGUACUUCACAUGCCAGCCACGCAAAGGCAUGCUCGGGGUUACACGUGAUUAUUACCCUGAAGUAAACGGUAAAUAUGUCGCAUUACUCCGCCAGGAGUUUGGGGAUCAGGUGGCAACUUGGCACGAUUUUGAGUUAGUCAAAUUUUGCAUUGCCCGUAACUACGACAUGUCAAAGGUAAUUAAAAUGUUGGGAAAACAUUUGAAAUGGCGCAUGGAAUUUAAGCCCUCUUGCGAUGAGUAUUUUCCCCCCACUUUGGGAGAAGAUUAUUCCUGUGGCUAUACCGGAGCCACGGAUUAUGAUGAUAACAUUAUAUUUUGCGAGAGGCCCAUGAACAACAAAAUAUGCCCUGCUCCUGUAUUUCUUGAAAAGUAUACAAUCCCUGUUAUCAUACGUUGGCAUAUAACUGGGAUUGAGAUGGGUAUAGAGUAUUUGAGGAAAUCCAAUUACUACUCCAAACGGGUGUGCUACAUUGUUGAUUUGCGGAACUUGAAUUCCUUCUCGAGGGCAAUGAUAACAUUCGCUCAGAAGUUAAGUCUUGUUGAACAGGAUAACUACCCGGAAAUAGCGGGCCGUGUAAUGUUAGUUAAUUGCCCUACUUUUUUCCGUGUUUGUUGGAAGUUAUUUCAGCUUUUUAUUAAUGAACGCACGAACCAAAAGAUCCGCCUCGUUCCUCCGGGCAAAGGUUUCGAAGCUUUGUCAGAGGUGAUGGCAGUGGAGGAUAUUCCCGACUUUUGUGGUGGCCCUAGUACAAAGUGGAUGGAGACCAAUGGCGGUUGUCUUGGCUCUAGCGACCCCACAAAGGUAUGUAUAAUUGAUUACUGUAAGGCAUCGGACUCCGCAUCUCUACAAAUAGAAAUGUCUGAAAACUCCUAA